AUGAAGAACAUCACAGAAGCCACCACCUUCAUUCUCAAGGGACUCACAGACAAUGUGGAACUACAGGUCAUCCUCUUUUUUCUCUUUCUAGCGAUUUAUCUCUUCACUCUCAUAGGAAAUUUAGGACUUAUUAUUUUAGUUAUUGGGGAUUCAAAACUCCACAACCCUAUGUACUGUUUUCUGAGUGUAUUGUCUUCUGUAGAUGCCUGCUAUUCCUCAGACAUCACCCCGAAUAUGUUAGUAGGCUUCCUGUCAAAAAACAAAGGCAUUUCUCUCCAUGGAUGUGCAACACAGUUGUUUCUCGCUGUUACUUUUGGAACCACAGAAUGCUUUCUGUUGGCGGCAAUGGCUUAUGACCGCUAUGUAGCCAUCCAUGACCCACUUCUCUAUGCAGUGAGCAUGUCACCAAGGAUCUAUGUGCCGCUCAUCAUUGCUUCCUAUGCUGGUGGAAUUCUGCAUGCGAUUAUCCACACCGUGGCCACCUUCAGCCUGUCCUUCUGUGGAUCUAAUGAAAUCAGUCAUAUAUUCUGUGACAUCCCUCCUCUGCUGGCUAUUUCUUGUUCUGACACUUACAUCAAUGAGCUCCUGUUGUUCUUCUUUGUGAGCUCCAUAGAAAUAGUCACUAUCCUCAUCAUCCUGGUCUCUUAUGGUUUCAUCCUUAUGGCCAUUCUGAAGAUGAAUUCAGCUGAAGGGAGGAGAAAAGUCUUCUCUGCAUGUGGGUCUCACCUAACUGGAGUGUCCAUUUUCUAUGGGACAAGCCUUUUCAUGUAUGUGAGACCAAGCUCCAACUAUUCCUUGGCACAUGACAUGGUAGUGUCGACAUUUUAUACCAUUGUGAUUCCCAUGCUGAACCCUGUCAUCUACAGUCUGAGGAACAAAGAUGUGAAAGAGGCAAUGAGAAGAUUUUUGAAGAAAAAUUUUCAGAAACUUUAA